UCAUGCUGCUGCCAAGUCCAGAGUCUGUCAUGGGUCCCUGUACGGCCUCCCAUUGCUGCUGUCUCCAUCGCCACACUCUGCCAUGUGCCACUUUCAGGUCUCCUCACACUGCUGGUGUGUUCCAUUUUUUGUCAUAGGGUGCUGGCAGAUUACGGGCCUCCCAUAGCUGCUGCCAGGCCCCUAAUCUGCCAUGGGCCCCUAUACCGCCUCCUCAUGCUGCUGCCAGGUCCAGAGUCUCUCAUGGGUCCCUGUACGGCCUCCCAUUGCUGCUGUCUCCAUCGCCACACUCUGCCAUGUGCCACUUUCAGGUCUCCUCACACUGCUGGUGGGUUCCAUUUUUUG